CGGGAGCGGAAGGGGCGUUCGGAUUGUCGCGCCUCAGCUCGGUGAGCAAAGUGCUGUAGCUCCAGCCCCGAGCAGCUUCUGGGUUCCAGCCCUUCGCAUCUACCUCCGACCCUCUUGCGCCUCAGAGCUGCAGCCGCGUCUCGAGCCCACAGCGCUCACCACUAGCCACGAUGCAUGUGAUCAAGCGAGAUGGACGCCAAGAGCGGGUUAUGUUUGAUAAAAUUACCUCUCGAAUCCAGAAACUUUGUUAUGGACUCAAUAUGGACUUUGUUGAUCCUGCUCAGAUCACCAUGAAAGUAAUCCAGGGCUUAUACAGUGGGGUUACCACUGUGGAACUAGAUACUUUGGCUGCAGAAACAGCUGCGACCUUGACUACUAAGCAUCCUGACUAUGCCAUCCUGGCAGCAAGGAUUGCUGUCUCUAACUUGCACAAAGAAACAAAGAAAGUGUUCAGUGAUGUAAUGGAAGACCUGUACAAUUACAUAAAUCCACAUAAUGGCAAACAUUCUCCUAUGGUGGCCAAGUCAACACUGGAUAUCGUUUUGGCCUAUAAAGAUCGCCUGAAUUCUGCCAUUAUCUAUGACCGAGAUUUCUCUUACAAUUACUUUGGCUUUAAGACGCUGGAGCGAUCCUAUUUGUUGAAGAUCAAUGGAAAAGUGGCUGAAAGACCACAACAUAUGUUGAUGAGGGUAUCUGUGGGAAUUCACAAAGAAGAUAUUGAUGCUGCUAUUGAAACAUACAACCUUCUUUCUGAGAAGUGGUUUACUCAUGCCUCUCCUACUCUCUUCAAUGCUGGUACCAACCGCCCCCAACUUUCUAGCUGUUUCCUUCUCAGCAUGAAAGAUGAUAGCAUUGAAGGUAUUUAUGACACUCUAAAGCAAUGUGCGUUGAUUUCCAAAUCUGCUGGGGGAAUUGGUGUUGCUGUGAGUUGCAUUCGAGCUACUGGCAGCUACAUUGCUGGGACUAAUGGCAAUUCCAAUGGCCUUGUACCAAUGCUGAGAGUAUAUAACAACACAGCUCGCUACGUGGAUCAAGGUGGAAAUAAGCGACCUGGGGCAUUUGCUAUUUACUUGGAGCCCUGGCAUUUAGACAUCUUUGAGUUCCUUGAUUUAAAGAAGAAUACAGGGAAAGAAGAACAACGUGCCAGAGACCUUUUCUUUGCCCUUUGGAUUCCGGAUCUCUUCAUGAAACGAGUGGAAACUAAUCAGGACUGGUCUUUGAUGUGUCCAAAUGAGUGUCCUGGUCUAGAUGAAGUUUGGGGAGAUGAAUUUGAGAAGCUGUAUGAAAGUUAUGAAAAACAGGGUCGUGUCCGCAAAGUUGUAAAAGCUCAGCAGCUCUGGUAUGCGAUCAUUGAGUCUCAGACAGAAACAGGUACACCAUACAUGCUCUACAAAGAUUCCUGUAAUCGGAAAAGCAAUCAGCAGAACCUGGGAACAAUCAAAUGCAGCAACCUGUGCACAGAAAUAGUAGAGUAUACCAGCAAAGAUGAGGUUGCUGUUUGUAACCUGGCUUCCCUGGCCCUGAAUAUGUAUGUCACGUCAGAACACACAUACGACUUUAAGAAAUUGGCUGAAGUCACCAAAGUCAUUGUCCGAAACUUAAAUAAAAUUAUUGAUAUUAAUUAUUACCCUGUCCCAGAGGCACACUUAUCAAAUAUACGCCAUCGCCCCAUUGGAAUUGGAGUACAAGGUCUGGCAGAUGCUUUUAUUCUGAUGAGGUAUCCUUUUGAGAGUCCAGAGGCCCAGUUAUUGAAUAAGCAAAUCUUUGAGACCAUUUAUUAUGGAGCCUUGGAAGCCAGCUGUGACCUUGCCAAGGAGCAUGGCCCAUAUGAGACCUAUGAGGGCUCUCCAGUCAGCAAAGGAAUCCUUCAGUAUGAUAUGUGGAAUGUUACUCCCACAGACCUAUGGGACUGGAAAAUUCUUAAGGAGAAGAUUGCAAAAUAUGGUGUAAGAAACAGUUUACUUAUUGCCCCAAUGCCUACUGCUUCCACUGCUCAGAUCCUGGGAAAUAAUGAGUCCAUUGAACCUUAUACCAGCAACAUCUAUACUCGCAGGGUUUUGUCAGGAGAAUUUCAGAUUGUAAAUCCUCACUUACUGAAAGAUCUUACUGAGCGGGGCUUAUGGAAUGAAGAGAUGAAAAACCAGAUUAUUGCAUGCAAUGGGUCUAUCCAGAGCAUACCAGAAAUUCCUGAUGACCUGAAGCAACUUUAUAAGACUGUGUGGGAAAUCUCUCAGAAAACUGUCCUCAAGAUGGCAGCUGAGAGAGGUGCUUUCAUUGACCAGAGCCAGUCUUUGAACAUCCAUAUUGCUGAGCCUAACUAUGGCAAACUCACUAGCAUGCACUUUUAUGGCUGGAAGCAGGGUUUGAAGACUGGGAUGUAUUACUUAAGGACAAGACCAGCAGCUAAUCCAAUCCAGUUCACUCUAAAUAAGGAGAAGCUGAAAGAUAAGGAAAAGACAUCCAGAGAGGAGGAAGAGAAGGAGCGGAACACAGCAGCCAUGGUGUGCUCUUUAGAGAAUAGAGAUGAGUGUCUGAUGUGUGGAUCCUGAGAAAACACUUAGGAGAGGCCAGCACUUCUUUGAUAGCCAGCUACUCUCUGAGAUUGCAUAGAUGGAGCAGGCUUGCAUGAAGUGUUAGAACUUUUGCAUAUGGUGCGAAAGUAGGGAUUUUUUAAAAAUUAGUAUAAACCACAGACAUCAUACAGGGGAGGAGGAAGGAGAGGGGUCAGAGGGAGGGAGGGAGGAGCACAGGGGACUGAGGUGAUGGUGCACAGGUGCAUUGGGGAAGGAAAUUCUGUGGGGACUACACCUGAGAGGGGGAAAGCAAACAUUGUUUAAAAAUGUACAAUGAUGUAAAAAAUACAUAAAUGAAAAUUAAAAAAAUAAACUUCAUUUUAUCUAAAAAAAGGUAAAUUUUUGAAAUUUAUAUGGGGUUUCAUUACUAUAUAAUGAGUAAUUGUAUUGGAUUUCAUUACUCCAUUACACCCCUUUUCUCAUGACCUCAGUUUUGGUAAGUAGACUUAGUUUUGCUGCUUUAACUAUUAGAUCCAUAGAAACAAAACUAAGUCAUAAUUCGUGAGAAGUGCUGAUGGGGCCUUUAUUGUAUAAGGUCCUGUAGGUCAUUCUGAAAUAAAGAUAAAUAUUUCUAAGUGAUUGUGUGAGAUUAAUUUUGUCAUUUACUUUUACACAGAGGUCACAUUUGAAGAGUCACGUUUCCCUGAUUUUCUGUACUUAUUUGUUUGUUUGCUUUUACUUCUUUAAACAUAUUUGAAACUUUUUUUUUUAAUAUAUUUUUUUUUUUACAUCAUUCUUCAUUUUAUACAAUGUAUGCUUUCUCAUCUUGGGUAUAGUCCCCAUGAAAUUCCCACCACCAAUUCACCAAUUCACCCAUGCACCAUCACCAUAGUCCCUUGUGUUCUUCCACCCCUGUUUUGAUCCUAAUCCCUCCUCCCCUGCUGCAGAAUGUCUGGUUUUUAGUUGCCUGUUGACUUUGGUUUUUACUUUAUGAUAAUUACUUUCCCCCUGCCCCCAUCCCUUAUUUGGAUUCCCUACAUUCCUCCUAUAAGUGAAACCAUCCGGUAUUUGUCUUUUUCUUUUUCUCAUUUUACUGAACAUGAUCACUUUCAGCUCCAUCCAUGUUUCUGCAAGUAGGGGUUAUGAAAUAAGAACCCCAUCUAAGUGCCUGAAUGCCAUACAGGAAUAUAGUUUAUUAGUCUGCAAGACAACCAUCUACCCUGGGAUCACUAAGGUCACCUAGGCCUAUGAUAGGAACCAUCCUACUUAUACCUCCCCACUGAGCUCCCUUUGUUGCCCACAAACUGACAGGUCUUUUCUCCCCUCCCUUCAGGUUCACCUCCAUUUCUCUGAGCUAUGUGGGAUCUUUAAAUAAUACACAUGCCCCCAAGGUAAAGGGAAGGAAUUAACACUGGGAAAUGGGUGCAUGCAUCAGUCCCCUGCUGGUGCUUCAUAUGCCCACCACUUGGAUUCAAGUCUUGUUAGCUGUUUGACAAUUGGUCACUUUAGUUAAUCAAGCCCAUAGCCAAUAUUAUUCUCAUUGGUGAAAAGCUGAAGGCAUUUCCAUUAAGAUCUGGAACAAGACAAGAAGUCCACUGUCACCACUGCUUUCAAUAUAAUACUGGAAGUCCUAGCCAGAGCAGUAAGACAAGAGAAAGACAUACAAGAUGUAUGGAAGGAAAUGGAAGAAUAAAUACCUCACCCUCUAACCCUGCCAAGUUUAAAUUACAAUAUGGGGCUUAGCCUUGUAGGAAUUUCAGUUUGCCCUUGAAAGAUAUCUUCAGGGCCUCCCUGGUGGCUCAAGGGGUGAAGACGCAACCGAUGAAGCUGUCUGCAGCCACUGCAGCACAAGUUCAAUCCCCGGCCAGGGACCUACCCACAUGGCACAGCAGACCUCUCCAGUCUUGCCCGCUGCUCCCCUCAGCAGUGUAUUUCAUUCAGUCUGCCUGUUCUGUUCCCCACUCUGUCUCUGGUGAAUCCUCUCACCCCCCGCGCCUCUGUCCUGUACCCCAGCUCUUGUAUGCAUAAAUAAAUAAAUCUUUAAAAAAAAAAGCAUUCAGUAUGUGUGUCCAACUUUUUUC